AUGACUUCAUCCACGAAGCCGAAGCAGCCAUCAACACCAAAGAAGUGUGAUAUUUGUCAGAAACAUGCUGCAUUCACCUCAUGUGUAGGAUGUGAACAGAUGUUCUGUCGAAAAGACUUCAAUGAACAUCGACAACAACUCUCAACACAACUCGACAUCAUCAUUCGAGAGCACGACUUUCUUAAACAAAGCAUCGAACACACAUGUGAUACCACCACUUCAAAGCUGUUCUAUGAGAUUGAGAAAUGGGAGAUGGAGUGGAUGAAGAAGGUGAAGAUGGCUGCUGAUUGUGCACGAGAAGAAGUGUGUAACAUUGUUGCUGAGCCCAAGAUACAGCUGAAACGAAUCACAAAUGAGAUUCGACCGAGAAUGGCAGAAGAGGACUUUGUGGAGUAUGAUCUUGAUCGAUGGAUGGAUGAAAUAAAGCAGCUGAGUGUAGGUAUCAAGGCCACGUCAUCGACGAUUGUCAUCGAAAGUGGUGAUGAGUGUGAGUGGAACAGAAUGAUCAAAGUGAGAAAGCUGGAACAUCAGAAUCAUGUGUCCAAGUCACUGCAGAGAAGUGAGAAUAGAGAGAGUGAAGUGAAACAACUCGACUUCAGUAAACUCAAAGACAAACCACAGAGACAGAUCAAAGUGGAUGGAAAAAAUUAUGCUAUUGGAGCAUCUGAUACGAACUUGCUCUACGACAAUGGAGAUACACUGUGUUUGACUGAUCGGGCUGGUUACAAGACAAACACAGUUCGGUGGAGUGGAAGCUCUGUCAGAGAUAUCUAUUGGUCAUCGUUUCUUGAUAGAUUUCUGAUAUUGACACAGAGAAUUCUUUAUUCGUUGAAUGUCGAAACCAGUGAAGUGACACAGAUCAAACAAGUGUCAGACAAGAACAAAGCAGACUUUUACAAAUGCACAUGUUCAAACCAGACGUUGUUGGUGAGUACUUGGGAAGAGGGAUCAGUUGUUAAAGAGUGGGAUAUGAGUGGAGAAUGGAAAAUGACGACACGAUGGCAACCUCCUUUGUCCUGUCAACAGAAUGAAUGGAUUAUGGAUAUUCGGUUUUCAUGUGACGGCAGUCAUUUGGGAGUAACGGUGGGGGUAUCUGGUCAAUAUAAUCAGUUUCACGUACGAGAUCGAUCAAUGAACAUCAUCAACAACAUCAAAUUUCCUUGGUUAACAUAUGGGUAUAGGCUUCUCUCUCUUCCAAAUGGACAAUGGCUGACACAUGAUUGCGACAAUAAAGAACUUUAUAUCAUUGACAGAGAUGGUAAAUUAAAACAAACUCUCACAUACGAUAGGACUGUAUGGAGAACACUGUUGUUAAAACAACGAUGUCUUGUUAUUCGAACAGACGGUGAUCAAGUGUGCUUUCAUGAUUUAUGA